AUGCUUCUUUCUCCUCCUUAUAUCAUUGGAGAAACAAUUUUCUUGCCAACAUGGGACGGCGACGCUGGAGAAGAGGAAGGAACAACAGGCAGCGGUGGUUGCCACUUUUUAGGACCUCCAACGAAUCGUAGUAGAGAGUGGUUGGAGUUUGCGGCACUUGGUGAAGGGAUUUUGAAAGCCGAAAGCAGAAGGAGUUGUUGUGGUUCAGAAGAAAAGGGCGUGGAAAAGAGGGAGGAACCGAAGACAGGGGUAGAAGAAGUGCCAAGCACUGGUGUUGAAGAUAAAGUUCCAAAUGCAGAAGCAGAAGAUGGGGAGGUGGACGGAGAUGAAAAAGGUUGA